AUGUCGACCUCUGUUCCCCAACGGCAGCCCGAAGGCAAAAAGAGACAGCGGGUCUCCAUCGCCUGCCUUGCGUGCCGGCAGAGACGCAUGCGAUGCGAUGGACAACAGCCCAUCUGCGGCUCUUGUACGAGGAGGGGCACCGAGUGUGAGUUCCAGCACGCGGACAACAAACGCCGACCGCCCAGCAAGAAAUACGUAGAAUCCCUGCAAGCCCGAAUCAGACAUCUAGAAGCCCAAGUCGUCGCCCUAGGCUCCCAGCCGGCCUCCGGUGACCUCGCCGCCGAGACCACCGAGGAUCAUGACCCGCAAGACGACAGCGCCGGCGACGACGAUGAUGACGGAGGCGGUCCUCUCUCGGACCUCACCGGCCUCGUCGGCCGCCUCAACGUGAUCGAGGACGGCCAGCUGCACUACUUCGGCUCCCAGUCCUCCUACAACCUCGUCCGCGAACCCCCGCGCGACUCCCCCGCGGACCCGCGCGAGCCCUCCCUCAAGAUGCAGCGUCAGGGCCUCCUCGCCGCCGCGCAGCUGGGUAAGAUGGUCACCGUCCCGGACGAGCUGCAGGCCCACCUCCUCGAGCUCUACUGGCGCUGGCAGAACCCGUGGAACUACGUCAUCCACAAGAGCGCCUUUUUGCGGAGCUACCGCGGCGAGGAUGACGGGACAUAUUGCUCGCCGUUGUUGCUGUGCUCCAUCUUUGCUAUCGCGGCGCGGUAUUCUGAUCGACCUGAGCUGCGGACCGUGCCGGAUGAUCCCAGUACUGCUGGGGAUGCGUUUGGCGAGCACGCCAAGAUUCUGCUCCUGUAUGAGAGUGAGGCGCCGACGAUUACGACGGUGCAGGCUGCGUGUCUGCUUGCGUUGAGGAUCAUGUCGGAUGGCAAGGAGGCGUUGGGGUGGCUGUACUCUGGUAUGCUAUAUGUUUUAUUCACUUUUGAGCUUCGUGAAGGUCACCUGCUAAUGAGGGCAAGGAAACGCAACGAGAAUGGCACAUAA